AUGUCCAUCGCAGAUGCCAACCAUUCGAGCAGCCACUGGGCAUACUAUCGCCUCCUAAUCCCAAUCAAACUCAUGCGCUUUGGUACAAAAUACGGCGAAAUACUGGGACGCGCGGUCGGCGAGUUACCUCCGCUUGCUGUGCCCAUCCACACGUUUACCGUAAAGUCAACCUCGAGCGACCGUCGUAUCAAAGUCAACGUACACAAGAAUACCGCCGCGUUGAACAGACCGGAAGUUCCGACGGCAGUUCACCUCAAUUGGCAUGGUUCUGGGUGGAUUCUUCCUGGUCUGGGUACAGACUCCGAGUUUAUCCGUCAAGUCCUCGCCCACCCAACGCUUGUAGACCAGCCUCUCACCAUUCUCGACUGCGACUAUGCGAAAUCACCCGAGUACCCGUGUCCGGCAGACGGAGAAGACGCGCGAGAUGUAUAUGACUAUGUUCUCUCCCAUCCAGAUCUCUACGACGCAUCCAAGAUUACGAUUGGCGGCUUCAGCGCUGGUGGGAGCAUCGCGCUUGGUUUAGCAGUCGAAUUGGGCACCGAAGCACGUAUGCGUGCGCUUAGCGAAGGCAGAAAGGAAAACGACUUUGUACACCCGAUCAAAGGCGUGUUCAGCGUCUACCCAGUCGCGACGUGGGAGGGACCCCGGGACGUUGUCAAAGUCCCCAAGUGGCUGAAGAAGACCUUGCCGGGAAUGGUACUCCCUCUUUGGUUCUCCAAAUAUAUCACAAACGCGCAUCUCUUCCCUCCACGUCGAAACACUGGGCUCUCAUGGGACGAAGAGAGGAAGCGAAAGGAGGAACUGGCAGCCCGGCCCACCGUAUCGACGCUCAAUGCAGAAACGGUCGAUUUUCCCAACGUGGUAGAGAUCUGGACGGCCGAGUAUGAUACGCUUAUGCGCGCUGCGGAAGAGUUGCGCGUCAAGUUGCAGACUGAGCGCCCAGAUGCAAAGAUUAGUGGACGGAAAGUAGAGAAUGUAGGGCAUGGGUGGGAUCAAAUGGUCAAAAGGGGCCAAUUGGGUUAUACGGAACGCGACGAGGCCUAUGAGUCGGGUGCCAGGAUGAUUGCACUUGCAAUUGGAGCAAACACCGAGAGGUCGCUUUAG